GGUGUCAGAGAUACUCCUGCAUAGCUGAAAGGAUUGUCUCUCCAGGCCAGAUCAUACAGACAAUGGAAACUGCAUGUGGGUGUAUAAUUAUAUGGAAAAGAGGAAGCAUUAUUUUGUUAAUAUUCAUUAUUGGAAUGAUAUCUGAUAUGAGUUGCAGGAAAUCAUGCGGAGCGGACAGUGACAAGGAGACGUAUUGCAAAGAGCAAUGUAAGAAGAAUGAAGUCAAAGAGACCUGUUGCAUAGAGCAAUGUAUAGAGAAUAAAGAGACCUGUUGCAUAGAGCAAUGUAUAGAGAAUAAAGAGACCUGUUGCAUAGAGCAAUGUAUAGAGAAUAAAGAGACCUGUUGCAUAGAGCAAUGUAUAGAGAAUAAAGAGACCUGUUGCAUAGAGCAAUGUAUAGAGAAUAAAGAUAUGAGUUGCAGGAAAUCAUGUGGAGCGGACAGUGACAAGGAGAAGUGUUGCAAACAGCAAUGUAAGAAGAAUAAAGAUCCUUGCUGCGAAUGUAAUUGUAUGAAUCAGAAUUGUGAAGAGCUCAUAAAGGAAAUUGAAUCGAAACAGAAGGAUAGCAAAUACAAAAUGAACUGCUUGAAAGUGGUAUUUUCAUGUGCAGAAUUAAAUAACAACACCAUGGAAAUACACAGAGAUUAUAAACUUUUCAAAACAAAGGGAAUCCCCAGAAAACAAGAAAUAAGACUGAUCGCUAAUUCAUCAUGGGUGGGUGAACGAACCACUGGUAAUCAGGAUGCUGAUGUCGAGGUGAUCCUUCCAGCUGAGCUAUCUGAGAGAGCUGAAGAGCAACAGAAUGACCUUUCAAGGCUCAUUUUCGCCGUAUUUAAUGACAGCAAACUGUUUCAGGAUGAAAAUAAUAGCACACUAUUAAAUGACCAAGUGUUUGGAAUUAUUGUGGGAAACACAAGCAUUCAGAACUUAACAGAAGGUGUGACUAUUAAGGUUAAUCAUGGUAACACAGUGAAGAAUGGAUCACAUCGAUGUGUAUUCUUGUUUGAAAAUGAAAACGAAAACAUCUCAGACUCCUGGAAUUCCACGGGCUGUAAGACAACAGUUGAGGCUAAUCAAACCAUUUGUGUGUGUGACCACCUCACCUUCUUUGCUGUGCUGCUGGAUUUACGCCUGGACAACAACACGUUGGAUGAAAAAGAUGUGAUAUCAUUAACGUACAUCACAAGGAUUGGCUGUGCAAUCUCUGCUGUCUUCUCAGCCAUCACAGUAUUCCUUUACUGUGUGAUGAGGGGGAAUGAAGGUGAUCAUACCACCCAGAUCCAUAUUAACCUCUGCAUUGCUUACUUUCUACUGAAUAUGAAUUUUCUGACUAAUGAGUGGAUUACUAAGUUGAUGGUUGAUGGUCUCUGUAAGACGAUCGCUCUGUUCCUUCACUAUUCAUUACUGUGCACUUUAACAUGGAUGGCAAUUGAAGGACUUCAUCUCUACUUGAUGCUGAUCAAAGUGUUCAACAUCUAUGUCAAAUACUACAUACAAAAACUAGUUAUGCUUGGUUGGGGAAUGGGACCCGCUCUCAAGGUUCCAUAA